AUGUCGUUCCCAGGAAUGCCUCAGCCUGGAGCUGGGGUUGGGGCCGCGGGCAUGGAUCCGCAAAAGGUGCAAGAGCAGGCAAUGAUCAAAGGCGUGCGUCUCACACAUGGCCUGUCAUCCGAAGCGAUCAAGCCUUCUAUUCUACAGAGGACUGAUCUACUGAAUCUAGAUGCAAGCCGUAAUGGAAUCCUGCCCCGCGAAACUCGCCAUCUCCGGCACCAUGGGCUUCGCCCUCGGCGGUGUCUUCGGCCUCUUCAUGUCCUCCAUGCGCUACGACACGCCCCUCUCCGCCGGCAUGCCAGGCGGCGUCGGCACCCAGAUCACCGAUCUGCCCUGGCGCCAACAGCUCAAGACGGGUUUCAAAGACAUGGGCAAAGCCUCAUGGUCGUCGGCGAAGAAUUUCGGAUACAUAGGCGCCCUGUUCGCGGGGUCGGAAUGUGCGAUUGAAGGGUUCCGGGCGAAGAAUGAUCUGGCGAAUGGAGUCGCGGCGGGAUGCUUUACGGGUGCGUUUUUGGCGCGGAAUUCGGGGCCGCAGGCUAUGGCGGUGGGGUGUGCUGGGUUUGCGGCUUUUUCGGCUGCUAUUGAUGCGUAUAUGAGGAUGCCGAGUGAUGAUCGGGCGGCGGAUUCGAUUGUUUGA